UCUGUGAGGAAUUCAAGUUCAGUACACGCGAAGAGCUCAAACCGUCUGGACGUUGUUGGGAAUUAAACUCGGGAACCAAGGGCUAUAAAAUUAUAAACAUUUGCAUUUGCAUUUAUUGUGUAUUUAAAAACAAAAGUUUCAACGACCCCCAACGCGUUUAUUUAAUUACUGACAAAGGAAAUACAUAAAACGGGAAUUGCCAUUUGAAAUAAGGACUUUUUGUUUGCACAAAAGGAGAGAAGUGAUUGAGAAAUUUCAAUAAAAACAAUUCGUUGCAACAAAAGAGUUGAUGUAAAGCCAGAAAUAAUUAUUUACAAUUAUUGAAAAAGUGUUUUCAAAAAAUCUUUAAAAUCUCGUUUUGUUUUCCCAACCUGAUUAAACUAACUUAACGCCAUCAAAAUGCCAUCAGAAAAAUCAAUUUACAAUCCGAAUCCGGCGAUCAGUCGGGAUGCCUACAUAUCCAGCAUGGCAGAAUAUAGAAAGUUCUAUGAAGAAUCUUUGGAUAACCCUGAAGAAUUUUGGAUGCGUGUAGCCAAACAGUUUCAUUGGGAAACACCAGCCGAUCCAAAAAAGUUCCUGCAGUACAAUUUCAAUAUUAACAAAGGACCCAUAUCCAUUAAAUGGAUGGAGGGCGCUUCUACAAAUAUUUGCUACAAUCUCUUAGAUCGAAAUGUACGUAAUGGAUUGGGCGACACCAUCGCCUAUUAUUGGGAGGGUAAUCAUCCCGAUGACUAUUCACGUGGUCUCACCUACCGUAAGCUGCUGGAGGAAGUUUGCCGAUUUGCCAACGUUCUUAAAGAUCAUGGCGUUCGGAAGGGUGAUCGUGUUUCCAUUUACAUGCCCAUGAUUCUCGAACUGCCCAUUGCCAUGUUGGCUUGUGCGCGUAUCGGCGCAGUGCAUUCCAUAGUCUUUGCUGGAUUCUCAUCCGAUUCAUUGGCGGAGCGUAUGUUCGAUUGCCGUGCUAAAGUGUUGAUCACAGCUGAUGGUGCUUGGCGUGGCGAGAAAGCAUUGUACCUGAAGUCACUCUGUGACGUAGCGUUGGAGAAAGUGGAAGAGUUGGGUCACACUGUGGAAAAAUGUAUUGUUGUUUCACAUUUGAAGCGUGUGACACCCUGUGCCGAAGAUCAUGUUGAACAGGAUAUACCAUGGACGGAAGAUCGUGACUUCUGGUGGCAUGAAGAGAUGGAGGAUAAGGAGCCUGCAUGUUAUCCGGAGUGGAUGGAGGCUGAAGAUCCACUUUUUAUGUUAUACACAAGCGGUUCUACCGGCAAACCAAAGGGCGUGUUACACACGACUGCGGGUUAUUUGUUGUAUGCCGCCACUACUUUCAAAAUUGUCUUCGAUUAUAAGCCAGGUGAUAUUUACUGGUGUACUGCUGAUAUUGGCUGGAUCACUGGACACUCAUACGUGGUAUAUGGACCGUUGGCUAAUGGCGCUACAUCGGUGAUGUUUGAGGGCACACCAUUCUUUCCCGAUAACGAUCGCUUUUGGGCAGUGAUUGAUAAAUAUAAGGUGACACAAUUUUAUACCGCACCCACAGCUAUACGCGCGCUUAUGAAAUUUGGAGAGGAGCCCGUUCUGAAGCACAAUCUUAAUGGUUUGAAGGUACUCGGUAGCGUUGGUGAGCCUAUCAACCCUGAGGCUUGGCUGUGGUUCUAUCGUUAUAUCGGUAAGGAGAAAUGUUCGAUUGUGGAUACCUUCUGGCAGACAGAGACUGGUGGUCAUGUGAUCACACCAAUUCCGGGCGCAACACCCAUGAAGCCGGGCUCGGCGUCAUUCCCCUUCUUUGGCGUUAAGCCCACAUUGCUCGACGAGAGUGGCAUUGAAAUAAAAGGAGAAGGUGAAGGCUACUUGGUAUUCUCGCAACCUUGGCCCGGUAUGAUGCGAACUUUGUAUAAUAAUCACGAACGCUUUGAGAGUACAUACUUUUCGAAAUUCCCUGGCUUCUAUUGCACUGGAGAUGGUGCUCGUCGUGACGCUGAUGGUUAUCUCUGGAUCACCGGACGUGUUGAUGACAUGCUUAACGUGUCGGGACAUUUAAUGUCCACAGCCGAAGUGGAGUCAGUGCUUACCGAACAUCAUCGUGUAGCCGAAGCGGCAGUCGUCUCACGCCCACAUCCCGUAAAGGGCGAAUGUCUCUAUUGCUUCAUAACGCCAAAUGAAAAUGAAACUUUCGAUCCCAAACUUAUAUCGGAAUUGAAAAAAUUAGUACGUGAGCGUAUUGGACCCUUCGCCAUGCCCGAUGUUGUGCAACAUGCACCGGGUUUGCCGAAAACCCGCUCCGGUAAGAUUAUGCGGCGUGUGUUGCGUAAAGUAGCGGUAAAUGAUCGCAAUGUUGGCGAUACCUCGACGCUGGCCGACGAAAGUAUUGUCGAACAAUUGUUCCAGAAUCGACCAGUCGAAGCCAAGUAAAGCGAAUGCGAAGGCUGUGCGCGGAAACGUACAUAAAUUGGAAAUAUGUAUGUAUGUCCGCAUGGAAAAUACAAAAAUCUUUAGUAAUACUUGUAAAAAGAAGAAAUAGGAAGAAAUAGGAAUAAAUAGGCAACGUUACAGUUGGUGGGCAACGAAAUGGAAACAAGCAAAAGGUUAUGUUCGAGUAAGAAAGUCAUAGCGAAGCAAAAGCUUCAACACAAUGAGAAGAUAUUAUAUUAUAUUGGAUAGUUAACAAUGAAGGUCUCCAAAUCUUUUAGGUGUAAAAGAAAGUUUUUAUUUUUUAUUUAAGACUCAAAGCACAAAUCAGUUAUACCUCUUUGUGUUGUUGUUGUGAGUUCAAGUUGUGAAUUGUUAACUUUAAAAAAAGCAAAUAAUUUUUUAAAUAUCUUAUUUAAAGGAAACACAUAUUUAAUUUAAGGCAAAAGCUCACAAAUAUAUAACAAAAGAACCGAUUACUUUUACUACAUACAUAUAUAACAUACUUAAGCACCAAAUUGCUCUCCGUUAGUUUUUACAUAUUUUCAUUAUCACAUACAUAUGUAGAUAUGUUUGUAUGUGUAUAGUUUUUACAUUAGUUUGUAUGUACUACUUUCUAACACAUUCGUACAUAACAUAAAACGCAUGUUUAGUAGUUAGCUUUUAAUACUACACAUUUAUCCAUCUGCAAAACGUUGUAGUUUGUAAUUGCACUUGUUUAUUAGAAUUUCUUUUUUUUUUUCUUUUUUUUUUGUUCUAGUUGAUCUUUUCGGAAGAGUUACUGUAGUUGUUUAAUGUGAUAAUACUAAUUUUAAACUAUCAUAUAGUCCUUUAUUAUAAUUAAAAAUAUUUAGAAAUGUAUAAUGAGUGUAAGAAGAUCAGAAAUACAUAGCAACAGAUAAAUACAAAGAAAAAGCAUUAAAACACAAAA